UCGUCAAGCAGUAGCAGCUCGUCAAGCAGUAGCAUUUCCUCAAGCAGUAGCAGCUCGUCAAGCAGCAGCAGCUCCUCAAGCAGCAGCAGCUCCUCAAGCAGUAGCAGCUCGUCAAGCAGCAGCAGCUCCUCAAGCAGUAGCAGCUCCUCAAGCAGUAGCAGCUCGUCAAGCAGUAGCAGCUCCUCGAGCAGUAGCAGCUCGUCAAGCAGCAGCAGCUCCUCAAGCAGUAGCAGCUCCCCAAGCAGUAGCAGCUCGUCAAGCAGUAGCAGCUCCUCAAGCAGUAGCAGCUCCUCAAGCAGUAGCAGCUCGUCAAGCAGCAGCAGCUCGUCAAGCAGUAGUAGCUCGUCAAGCAGCAGCAGCUCGUCAAGCAGUAGCAGCUCCUCGAGCAGUAGCAGCUCAUCAAGCAGUAGCAGCUCCUCAAGCAGUAGCAGCUCGUCAAGCAGUAGCAGCUCGUCAAGCAGUAGCAGCUCGUCAAGCAGUAGCAGCUCGUCAAGCAGUAGCAGCUCGUCAAGCAGUAGCAGCUCGUCAAGCAGUAGCAGCUCGUCAAGCAGUAGCAGCUCGUCAAGCAGCAGCAGCUCGUCAAGCAGCAGCAGCUCGUCAAGCAGUAGCAGCUCCUCGAGCAGUAGCAGCUCAUCAAGCAGUAGCAGCUCCUCGAGCAGUAGCAGCUCGUCAAGCAGUAGCAAACAGCACUUCACGAAAAGUUCGUCGUCUUCCGGCACUAUCGACUGUGAGUUCUUCUCUACGUUUCUGCAAGAUUCACCCGAAUGUCAGAGCACAGUAGAAAAUAAACAUACACUAGACUUUAGUGUCUACAAUAGUUUUAAGGGAUACGGAAAUUCAAGAAUUGUAAGAAUUGUACAUGUAUCUCGCUCUGUGAGUGCAUUUACUCUGCCUAAAGCAAAAUACAGGAAUACAAGUACAUGCUCCAGUGAAUACUUGAAGACGAUGGUUUCUCACGAGCCCAAUAUGAUUCGGAGCCAAAGCACGUUAGCAGGCCAUGACCUGUACCACAGAGAGGUGAAGGAGAGCACGAAGCAUGAAACGUGUGGUUGUCAAGAGGAAACUGAAGUUGAACUUACCUCACACCAAGGUACAACCAACUGCCGCAUUGGCGCUCAUCCACUAGCAGCUGAAGGUGAGUUCCUUAACCAAAAUCCCUCAAACACAGGAAACAGAAAGUACCAGAUAUCUUACAACAGCAUUGUGGCAUCAUUUACUACAGGUAACUCAAGACCAUCAAGAAAUUCAGUAUCAACCCACAGCAGCUCAAGCAUUCCAAGUUAUCCAUCAAGCAGUUUAGCAGAUUCAAGUCGUGCCUUACCAAGUUCAGCUGACACCUCAAGUUCAAGAAGUUCAAGCAGAAGCAGUUUCUCAAGGUCAACUAAUCUGGCAAGCUCAAGCAGCGCAACAGCUUCCAGCAGUCUGGCAACCUCAAGCAUGGUCACAGCUUCCAGUAGUCUGGCAGCCUCAAGCAGUUUGGCAGCUUCCAGCAGUCUGGCAACCUCAAGCAUGGUCACAGCUUCCAGUAGUCUGUUUGGCAGCUUCCAGCAGUCUGGCAACCUCAAACAGUGCAACAUCUUCCAGCAGUCUGACAACCUCAAGCAGUGUAGUAGCUUCCAGCAGUGUGACAACCUCAAGCAUGGCAACAGCUUCCAGCAGUGUGGCAACCUCAAGCACAGUCUGGCAACCUCAAGCAGUGUAGUAGCUUCCAGCAGUGUGGCAACCUCAAGCAUGGCAACAGCUUCCAGCAACGUGGCAACCUCAAGCAGUUUGUUUGGCAGCUUCCAGCAGUGUGGCAACCUCAAGCAUGGCAACAGCUUCCAGCAGCCUGGCAACCUCAAGCACAGUGUGGCAACCUCAAGCAGUGUAGCAGCUUCCAGCAGUGUGGAAACCUCAAACAGUGUAGCAGCUUCCAGCAGUGUGGAAACCUCAAACAGUGUAGCAGCUUCCAGCAGUCUGGCAACCUCAAGCACUUUCCAGCAGUGUGGCAACUCAAGCAGUUUGGCAGCUUCCAGCAGUCUGGGCAACCUCAAGCAGUGUAGCAGCUUCCAGCAGCUGGCAACCUCAAGCAGUUUGGUAGCUUCCAGCAGUGCUGCAGCCUGGCAACCUCAAGCAGUGUAUGGCAGCUUCCAGCAGCCUGGGCAACCUCAAGCAGUGCUAGCAGCUUCCAGCAAGUGUGGCAACCUCAAGCAGUUUGGCAGCUUCCAGCAGUGUGGCAACCUCAAACAGUUUGGCAGUUUCCAGCAGCCUGGCAACCUCAAGCAGUUUGGCAGCUUCCAGCAGUCUGGCAACUUCAAGCAGUGCAACAGCUUCCAGCAGCCUGGCAACCUCAAGCACAGUGUGGCAACCUCAAGCAGUUUAGCAGCUUCCAGCAGUCAGACAUUCUCAGCAGCUUCCAGUAAUCUGGCAACCCCUAGUAGUCUGGCCGAAUCCAGCAGUGUGGCAACCUCAAAUAGUGUGGCAAUCUCUAGUCUUGGAACAUUAAGCUCAUCAUCAGGAUCAAGUUAUUUGGCUUCAGUGAGCAAUUCAGUGGGCACGAAUAUCAAUGUGGGAGGGAACACUAACAGUUUAGUAUCUCUAAUUAUAAUCAAUUCAGGAACAGUAAACAGUGUAGAAUUAUCCAGUAGUCUGGCAACCUCAAGCAGUUUGGCAGCUUCCAGCAGCCUGGCAACCUCUAGCAGUACAGCAGCUUCCAGCAGUUUGGCAACUUCAAAUAGUGCAACAGCUUCCAGCAGUCUGGCAACCUCAAGCAGUGCAACAGCCUCCAGCAGUGUGGGAACCUCAAGCAGUUUGGCAGUUUUCAGCAGUCUGGCAACCUCAAACAGUUUGGCAGCUUCCAGCAGUCUGGCAACCUCAAGCAGUUUGGCAGCUUCCAGCAGUCUGGCAACCUCCAGCAGUGUAGCAGCUUCCAGUAGUGUGGCAACCUCAAGCAGUUUGCAGCCUGGCAACCUCAAGCAGUGCAACAGCUUCCAGCAGCCUGGCAACCUUAAGCAGUGUAGCAGCUUCCAGCAGCCUGGAAACCUCAAGCAGUGCAACAGCUUCCAGCAGUCUGGCAACCUCAAGCAGUGCAACAGCUUCCAACAGCCUGGCAACCUCAAGCAGUCAGUCUGGCAACCUCAAGCAGUUGGCAGCUUCCAGCAGCCUGACAACCCCAAGCAGUACAGCAGCUUCCAGCAGUCUGGCAACCUCAAGCAGUUUGGCAGCUUCCAGCAGUCUGGCAACUUCAAGCAGUGCAGCAGCUUCCAGCAGUCUGGAACCUCAAGCAGUUUGGUAGCUUCCAGCAGUCUGACAACCUUAAGCAGUGUAGCAGCUUCCGGCAGUGUGGCAACCUCAAGCAGUUUGACAGUUUCCAGCAGUCUGGCAACCUCAAGCAGUUUGGCAGCUUCCAGCAGUCUGGCAACCUUCAAGCAGUUUAGCAGCUUCCAGCAGCCUGGCAACCUCAAGCAUUUGGCAGCUUCCAGCAGCCUGGGAAUCUCAAGCAGUUUGGCAGCUUCCAGCAGCGUGGGAACCUCAAGCAGUUUGGCAGAUUUCAGCAGCCUGCCUGGCAACCUCAAGCAGUUUAGCAGCUUCCAGCAGCCUGGCAACAUCAAGCAGUGUAGCAGCUUCCAGCAGUCUGGCAACCUCAAGCAGUUUGGCAACGUCCAGCAGUCUGGCAAUUUCAAGCAGUGUAGCAGCUUCCAGCAGUGUGGCAACCUCAAGCACUUCCAGCAGCCUGGCACCUUCAAGCAGUGUAGCAGCUUCCAGCUGUGUGGCAACAUCAAGCAGUUUGGCAGCUUCCAGCACUUCCAGCAGCCUGGAAACCUCAAGCAGUGCAACAGCUUCCAGCAGCCUGGCAACCUCAAGCACAGCCAGGCAACCUCAAGCAGUGCAACAGCUUCCAGCAGCCUGGCAACCUUAAGCAGUGAAGCAGCUUCAAGCAGUGUGCAGUCUGGCAACCUCAAGCAUGGCAACAGCUUCCAGCAGCCUGGCAACCUCAAGCAGUUUGGCAGCUUCCAGCAGCCUGGCAACCUUAAGCAUAUGGCAGCUUCCAGUAGCCUGGCAACCUCAAGCAGUAUGGCAGCUUCCAGCAGCUUGGCAACCUCAAACAGUUUGGCAGCUUCCAGCAGCCUGGCAACCUCAAUCAGUAUGGCAGCUUCCAGCAGUGUGACAAUCUCAAGCAGUUUGGCAGCUUCCAGCAAUGUGGCAACUUCAAGCAGUUUGGCAGCUUCUAGCAGUGUGGCAACUUCAAGCACUUCCAGCAAUGUGGCAACUUCAAGCAGUUUGGCAGCUUCUAGCAGUCUGGCAACUUCAAGCAGUUUGGCAGCUUCCAGCAGUCUCGCAACUUCAAGCAGUUUGGCAGCUUCCAGCAGUCUUGCAACUUGCAGCUUUGAUUUCACAUCUUCAAAUUUGGCCAGCAGUUUAGAAAGCAGUUUGACCAACCUCAAGAGUUCCGAGGCUCUCAGUUCAGAGAGCAUAGCAGGGAAAUCCACCUCAAGUAGUUUAGGAAUCUCUAGUUCAUUUGCAUCUGUUAGUGCUGACCCAUCAAGUAGUGAAGCAACGAAAAGCAGCCCAGCCAUCUCAAGCAGCUUUGUAAUCAUAACUUUUCCAACGACCCAAGUCACCACAAGCAAGCCAGUUCCUGUAAGCAGCUCAGCAGCAACAGGUUCAAAUUCAGGAUAUUCAAGUGGAGAGACAAGUUCUUUGGAAUCGCAAGUGAAGUCACACAUAGACACUGCACCAAGCUCAAGCAGUUCUCCAAGCAACUUCAAUCCAAGUUCAAGCAUUUCUCCAAGCAACCCAAGUUCAAGCAACCCUCCGAGUUCAACAACCUCAAGUUUCAUUAGUUCAAGAUCUUACAGUUCAGUUAACACAAGUUCUGUUAGCUCAAGACCUAGUUCAGGCAGUAGCAGUUUAAGCAUCAGUGCUAUUUCAGUCUCGACCAAUCUGUCAUCUGUUUUAAGUUCCAGCUUGUCAAGCUCUAACUUGAGUAGCUCAGUUUCAGUUAGUUUAAGUUCAAGUAGCUCAAGUUUCAGCAAAUUGAGUUCAGGCUGUAGUAGUUCUAGUUCAAGCCCUUGUAGUUCAAGUUUGAGCAGCUCUGUUAGACUGAAUAUCUCAAGUGCAAGUAGUUUAAGUUUAAGCAGUGGUAGUUCUGGCAAUAGUUCCAGCUCAAGUUUCAGUAGUUCAAGAUCUUACAGUUUAAUUAAUACAAGCUCUGUUAGCCCAAGACCUAAUUCAGGCAGUAGCAGUAUAAGCAUCAGUGCUAUUUCAGUCUCGACCAAUCUGUCAUCUGUUUUAAGCUCUAAUAGGUCAAGUCUGAGCUUUUCAAGUAGUUUGAGUUCCUCAAGUCCAAGUAGGUUAAGCUCAAGUUUCAUCACUUCGAGUUCAGGCUCUAAUACUUCCAUUUCACGUUUCAGUAGCUCAAGUACUGCAUGCUUAUUUCCAAGUGUAUCAAGUAUUAGCAAAUCAAGUUGCUCAACUCUUAGCAGUCAGAACUCAAGUAUUUCAAUUUCAAACAGUUCAAUCUUAAGUCCAAGCCUUUCAAGUCUUCCAAGUUAUAGUAGUAAAAGCCUAAGUAGUUUGGGACCAAGCAACCAUAGAUUUAGUGGCUCAGGCUUUAGUACUCCAAGCUUGAACAGUCCAAGUGUUUCAGUUUCUAUAAGUGGGGAACUUAAUUCAUCAAACUCUUUGAGUAUUACAAGUUCAAGCAGUAAGAGACCUGGUAGCCAUACUCAAAGUGGUUCAAAAUCUGACUCUUCAAAUCUAAGUGCAACAAGUUUAAGUACUUCAAGCGUCAGCCAACCAUAUUUAAGCUUUUCCAUUUCUGUAAAAACAAGUUCAGGGUCUAAUAGUUCUUUAAGAUCGAAAAGUUCAAGUCAUAGCACCUCGAGCUCAAGUUAUCCUAGUCUAAUUACCCUGAGUCCUGGCAUCUCAAUUUCUUUGAAUCUGAGUAGCUCAGUUUUAAAAUGCUCAACACCUUACUUGCCAAGUUUGAGUAGUUCAAGUUUUAGCACCGAAAACUUCAGUAGUUCGAGCAUUAGCAUCCCCAGAUUAAGCAAUUCAAGUCUCAUUUCAUUUUCUAUGAGUCAUGAUUCUAGAAGUUCUAGCAACUUGAUGUUAAGCACCUCAAGUCCAAGUGUCCAGAGUUUGAACAGUUCAAGUCUUAGUACCCAAAGUUUAAGUUGUUCAAGAUCUAAUACCCCAAGUUUGAGUGAAUUAGGUUCAAAGAGUCCAAGCAUAGGUUCCAAUGAGAUUUCUUGCAGCUCAGUUUUAGGUGGUGUAGGACUUAGUAGUUUCAGUCCUAGCAUCCCAAGUGUGAACAGUAUCUCAACUGGUAUCUCAACUUCUAUGAGUCUUAGCAGCUCAAUUUUAAAUGGCUCAACACCUAACCUGCCAAGUUUGAGCAGUUCAAGUUUUAGCACACAAAACCUUAGUAGUUCAAGUGUUAGCAUCCCAAACUUGAGCAAUUCAAGUCUCAUUUCAUUUUCUAUGAGCCAAGGUUCAAAUCAGAGCUCUAGCAGCUUAAUGCUAAGCACCUCAAGUCCAAGACUAAGCACCCUAAGUUUAAGUGUUUCGAGUCAUACCAUUCUGGCAUUGAGUAGUAGUUCAAAUCUCACUACUCCGAGCUUAAGUCAUUCAGGUGUUAGCAGCCAAAGCUCAAGCCUAAAAUUAAGCAGCUCAGGUUUAAGCAGCUUGAGACAUAGCAUUUUGAAUGAGAGUUUUAGCAGCUCUAUUCUGAGUAGUUCAGGACCUAGUAGUUUUAGCCCUAGCAUCCCAAGUGUGUACAAUUCAAGUCUUAGCAGUUCAAGUUUGAGUGGUUCAGUCUCUAUUACUUCAAGUUCAAGUCUGAAUCCAAAUAGGUCAAGUCUGAUUACCUCAAGAUCUGGUAUCUCAGAUUCUAUGAGUCUGAGCAGCUCAAUUUUAAAUUCAAGGUUUAGCACCCAAAACCUCAGUAGUUUAAGUAUUAGCAUCCCGAGCUUACGCAAUUCAAGUCUUAGCAGUUCAAGUUUGGGUGGUUCAGUCUCUAUUACUUCAAGUUCAACUCUGAAUCCAAAUAGGUCAAGUCUGAUUACCUCAAGAUCUGGUAUCUCAGAUUCUAUGAGUCUGAGCAGCUCAAUUUUAAAUUCAAGGUUUAGCACCCAAAACCUCAGUAGUUUAAGUAUUAGCAUCCCGAGCUUAAGCAAUUCAAGUCUCAUUUCAUUUUCUAGCAGCUUGAUGUUAAGCACCUCAAGUCCAAGUACCCAGAGUUUGAGCAGGUCAAGUUUUACCCAAAGUUAUAAUGAGAGUUCUAGUGGCUCAAUUCUCAGUAAUUUAGGACCUAGUAGUUUCAGUCCUAACAUCCCAAGUGUGAGCAGUUCAAGUUAUAGCAACCCAAGUUUGAGUGAUUCAGGUUCUAUUAUUUCAAGUUUAAGUCUGAAUCCGAAUAGCUCAAGCCUGAGUACCUCAGGAUCUGGUAUCUCAACUUCUAUGAGUCUUAGCAGCUCAAUUUUAAAUGGCUCAACACCUAAUCUGCCAAGUUUGAGAAGUUCAAGUUUUAGCACCCAAAAGCUCAGUAGUACAAGUAUUAGCAUCAUCUUGAACAAUUCAAGUCUCAUUUCAUUUUCUAUGAGCCAAGGUUCAAAUCAAAGCUCUAGCAGCUUAAUGCUAGGCACCUCUGGUCUAAGUACCCAGAGUUUGAACAGUUCAAAUCUUAGUACCCAAAGCUUAAGUUAUUCAAGCUCUAGCACCCCAAGUUUGAGUAGGCCAGGUUCAAAGAGUCCAAGCUCAAGUCUAAGCACCUCAGGAUGUGGCACCCCAAGCUUGAACAAAUCGAUUCCUAGUCAUUUCAGUCUAGUUCAGAGUAGUAGUUCAAAUCUCACUUCUCUGAGCUUAAGUCAUUCAAGAGUUAGCAGUCCAAGCUCAAGCUCAUAUUCAAGCAUUCCACUUUCUAUGGGGUCUUGCUCAAAUCAGAGAUCUAGCAACUGUGUUAUCACCAUUUCUAGUCCAAGCAUGCAAAGUCUGAACAGUUUAGGUCUAAGUAAUCCAAGCCUGAUUAGUUCAAGUUUUAGCAUUCCAAGCCAAAGAUGUUUCACUUCAGAUUCUGUGAGUCAAAGCUCAAAACUGAAUUCCAGUAACCAAGGUCUAAGUGGUAGUUUGGAACUAAGCUUUUCACAUUCUAUGAAACCAAGUCAAAGUAAUUUGAGCCCUAAUGUUUCAAUUUCUGUUAGUUCUAGCAGCCUAGUUCUCAGCAGUUCUGGAUCCAACACUCCAAGUGUGAAGAGUUCAAGGCUUAGUUCUCCAAGUUUAAGUUCAAGCUAUAGCAUCCCAAGUUUAAGUAUGUCUGUUUCUAUGAGUCCAAGCAUAAGCCUACAACCCAGUAGUUCAGUUCUAAGUACUUCAAGACUAGGCAUAUCAAGUUCAAUCAGUUCAGGUUUUAGUAUCCCAAGCUUAAGUAGUUCAAGUCUUAGCAGUCUAAGUUUAAGCAUUUCACGUUCUGUGACCCAGGGCUCUAACCAAAGUUCUAGUAGCUUAGUUCUCAGAAGUUCUGGAUUUGGCAACCCAAGUUUGAACAGUUUAAGUCAUAGUAUCCACAGCUUAAGUAGUGUAAGUCAUAGAAGUCUGAGUUUGCGACCAAGCAUUUCAGUUUCCAUGAGCCCAAGCCAAAGCCUCAACUCGAGUAGCUCUAGUCAAAGUAACUUAAGACCAAACAUUUCAAUCUCUUUAAGUUCAAAUGACAGUUCCAGUAGCCCAGCUCUAAUUACUUCAAUACUCAGUGCAAGUACAUCAAGUCAUAGUUUUGUGAGAACUAGUACUCUAAGGCAAAGUUCUUCAAAUCUCAGUAUCUACAGUUUGAGUUUGUCACAAUCUAUGAGUCCAAGCUCAAGCUUAAAAUCCAGCAUCACUCUAAGAUUGGACAAUUCAAGUCUUAGUACCCUAAAUUAUAGCAGUUCAACUCUUAGUACUCCAACAUUAAGUUGUUCAAGUCUCAGCAUCCCUAGUUCUUCAAGUUCUAUGAAACUGAAUUCCAAAAGUUCAAGUAGUUUGGGACCAAGCAUUUCCUUUUAUAUGAGUCCAAGUAGUUUAAGACCAAGUAUUUCAAUUUCUGUAAGUCGAAACUCAAAUGAGAGUUCAAAUUCUAGUACCCAAAGUUCAAGUAUUCCACUUUCUAUGAGUUCAGCUACUAAGAAAACUUUCAGUAGCACAGUUCACAGCAGUCCUGGAUCCAGCACUCUAAGUUUCCCAAGCUUAAGCAUUUCAAGUCAUAACCGUCCAAGCUCAAGUUAUUCUAGUCAUAGUAUCCCAGUUUUAAGUCUAUCUAUGAGUCCAAGUUUAAGAUUAGAAACCAAUAGCUCAAUUCUAAGUGCUGCAAGACCAAGUUUGAUCAGUUUAGGUCUAAGUAUUCCAAGCUCAAGCAGUUCAAGUCUUAAUAGACCAUAUUCAAGUAUUUCAGUUUCUAUAAGUCAGGGGCCUAAUGAAAGCUCUAGCAGCUUAGUUCUUAGUAUUUCUGGAUCUAGUAAACCAAGCUUGAACGGUUCUAGUCUUAGUAUUCACAGUUUGAAUAGUAAUCUUAGUAUUCUAAGUAGUUCAAGUAUAAGCAUCCCCAAUACAUCAGGCUUCAAACUGAAUUCAAGCAGCUCAAGCAUUUCACUCUCUGUGAGUCCACUUUCAAAGGUAAACUUCGGCAGCUCUAGUCCAGGUAUCUUAAGACCAAGUAUUUCCAGUAGUCCAGUUUCAAAUGAGAGUUCUGGCAGUGAAGUUGUUAUUAGUUCAAGCCCUUAUAUCCCAAGUACAAGUACCUUUGUUUCUAUGAGUCCUCUUUCUAAUCAAACUUCUAGUAACCUACCUCACAGCAGUUUUGGAUCCAGUUCAGUGCUUAGUGUCAGAAGUAUUUCAAGCCAUUCUAGUGCAAGUUUUAGUAAUCCAAGUUCAAGUAAUUCAAGUCUUAGCAUCCCAGGUUUGAGAUUAUCAGAUUCUGUGAGUCUAAGCUUAAGCUUAGAAUCCAAAAGCUCAACUCUAAGUUCUUCAGGACAAAGUAUAUCAAGUAUGAUCAGUUCAGGUUUCAGUAUCCCAAGCUCAAGUGAUUUAAGUCUUAGUAGCUCAUGUUCAAGUAUUUCAAUUUCUGUAAGUUUUAACCAAAGUUCUAGCAGAAGAUCCAGAUCUAGCACUUCAUAUGUGAGCAGUUCAAGUCUAAGUGCUCACGGCUUAAGUAGUUCAAGCUAUAGCAGUUUGAAUAGCAGUUCAAUUCAUAGCCUUCCUAGUAUUAGUCCUGCAAGUUCUGUGAGUUCAAGCUUGAAGCUAAAUUCCAGCAAGUCAAGUCUUAGUAGUUUGGGGCCAUACAUUUCACUUGCUGUAAGUUCAACCUCAGGGAUAAAUUUCAGCAGCUCUAGUGCAAGUAGUUUAAGACCAAGUAUUUCAAUUUCUGUGAGCCCAAGCUCGGAUGAGAGUAGUACUCCAAGCUUAAGCAGUUCAAGUAUUUCAAUUUCUAUAAAUCUGGUUGGUAAUGGAACUUCUAGUAGCCAAACUCUCAGUAGUUCUGGAAGCAGCAUUCCAAGUUUGAAUAGUUCAGUGCUUAGUUUCACAAGCUCAAGUAUUUCAAGUAAUUGUAGUUCAAUUCCUAGUACUCAAAGCUCUAGUUGUCUUAUCAUCCCAAGUUUAAGUGCAUCAAGUUCUGUGACUCCAACCUUAAUCUUAGAAUCCAGCAGCUCAGUUCUUAAUACUUCAGGAUCAAGCAUAUCAAAUUUAAAAAGUUCAGGCCUUACCUUCAGUGGUUCAAGUCUUAGUAGACCAUGUUUAACUAUUUCAUUUUCUUUGAGUCAGGGAUCUAAUCAAAGUUCUAGCAAUUCACUUCCGAGUAUUUCUGGACCCAGCAGACAACAGUUGAGGAGUCCGAGUCUAAGUAUUCAGAGCUUGAGUAGCUCAAGCCACAGCAGUCCAAGUAUAGGUAUCAGUUCAACUCCUAGCAUUGCUGGUUUGAGUUCUAUGAGUCCAAGCUUACAGUUGAAUUCCAGCAGCUCAAAUCUGGGGCCAAGUAUUUCACUUUCUAUGAGUUCAGUCUCAAGGCUGAACUUCUGCAGCUCCUAUCCAAGUAGUUUAAGACCAAGCAAUAUAAUUUCUUUAAGCCCAAGCUCAAAUAAGAGUUUUAGUAGUACAGUUCCAUUUAGUUCAAGUUCUACUAUCCAAAGUUCAUUCAUUUCAGUUUCUAAUAGCCAAACUCUCAGUAGUUCUGGAUUCAGCACUCCAAGUUUGAACAAUUCAGUACAUAGUUCCACAAUCUUAAGUAUUUCAAGUCAUAGUAAUCAAAGUCUUAGUACUCCAAGAACAAUUUUUUCAAGUAUUGGCAGUUCAGUUUUGAGUAGUGCUGUGAGUCUAAGCCUAAGUUUAGAAUCCAACAGCUCAGUUCUUAGUACUUCAGGACUAAGAUUAUCAAACAGUGUAGUUCCCAGUAUCUCUGGAGCCACCACAGUAAGUUUGAGUAGUCUUAGUCCAAGUACUCAUAACUUAAGUACCUUAAGCCAUAGCAGUCCAAGUUUGAAUAGCAAUUCAAGUCAUAAACUCCCUAGUUUUUCAAGUUCUAUGAGUUCAAGUUUAAAGCUGACUACCAGUAAUUCAAGUCUAAGUACUAAACUAAGCCAUAGCAGUCCAAGUUCAAAUAGCAGUCCAACUCACAGCAUCCCUAGUUUUUCUUCAAGUUCUAUGAGUCCGAGCUUAAAGCUGAAUCCCAGCAGCUCAAGCCUUAGUAUUUUGGAACUAAGUACUAGCAGUGUUCUAAUCAGUUCAAGUUCUAGUACCCUAAGUUCAAGUAUUUCAGUUUCCAUGAGUUCAUUUACUAAUCAGACUUCUAGUAGCCAAGCUCACAGUAGUUCUGGAUCUAGCAGUACAAUUUUGAACAGUUCGGUGUUUAUUUUCCCAAGGUUAAGUGUUUCAAGUCAUAGUCCAAAUCUUAGCACUUCAGAUUUGCAUGUAUCAGGUUCUGUGAGUUCAAGCUUAAGCUUAGUUCUUAGUACCUCAGGACUAAGUAUGUCAAGUUUGAUCAGUUCAGGUCCUAGUAUUCCAAGGCCAAGUGGUUCAAGUCUUACUAGCCCAUGUUUAAGCAUUUCACUUUCUGUGAGCCAGGGCCCUGAUGAAAGUUCUAGCAUACAAGAUUUGAGCAGUUCAAGUUUAAGUACUCUAAAUCUACAUUGUUCAAGUCUUAGUACCCCUAGUUUGAGCUCUUUAAGUGCUAUGAGCUUGAAGCUGAAUUCCAGCAGCUCAAGUGGCAUUUCACUUUCUCUGAGCCCAAGCCCUAGUAGUUCUAGCAGUCCAUAUCUAAUCACUUCAUGUUUGAUCAGUUCAAAUGCAAGCAUCUUAAGGUCAAGUAUUUCGAGUUCAAUGAAUGCAUUUUCUAAUGAAACUUCUAGUAGCAUUAGUCUCACCGGUUCUGGAUCCACCACUUCUGGUCUAAGCAGUUCAAGACUUAGUUUUCCAAGCUUAAGUAUUUCAAAUAGUAAUACAAGCCCUAGCAUUCGAAGCUCAAGUUUGAAUACAUCUGUUUCUGUGAGUCUAAGUUCUUCAGAACUAUACAUAUCAAUUUUGAUAAGUUUAAGUCUUAGUAUUCCAAAACUAUGUAGUUCAAGUCUUAACAGUCCAUAUUUAAGUACUUCAUUUUCUAUGAGCCAGGGCUUUACUAAAAGUUCUAGUAGCUUAGUUUUCAACAGUUCUGGAUUCAGUACACCAAGUUUGAAAAUUUCAAGUCUUAAUAUGCCUAGUUUGGACACGUCAGGUUCUAUGAUUACAAGCUUAAAGUUAAGUUCCAGUAGCUCAGAUCUUAGUAUUUUCCGACCAAAUCUUUCAUUAUCUUUCAGUUCACGCCCAAGGCUAAAAACUAGUAGCUCUGGCCUUAGUAAAUCUAUAAGUUCAAAUUCAAAAGGAAGUUAUGGCAGCUCAGUCAUAGUUAGUUUGAUAAGUUCAAAACCUAGUACCCCGAGCAGUUCUGGAUCAAGCACUCUAAGCAUAUCAAAUCCUAGUUUCGAAAGCUUAAGUAUUUCAAGGCAUAGUCAAAGUCUUAGCACUCCAACUUUAAGUUGUUCUGUUCGUAGCAUCCCAGCAUCAGGUUCUAUGAGUACAAGUUUAAGCUUAAAUUGUUCAAUUCUAAACAUCCCAAGUACUUCAGGUUCUAUGAGUCCUAGUUUAAAGCUUCCUUCCAGCAGCUCAAGUCUUAGUAGUUUGGGACCAAGGACUUCAUACACUUCUAUGAGCUCAGUUCAAAUCAUAUCAGAAUCUGGCACAUCUAGCUUGAUUAGUUCAAGUCCUAAUAGUGGUUGUUCAAGUUCUAGCAUCCCUAUUGUGAGUUCUUCAAGUUUUGGUAGUCAUUGUUCAUAUAUUUCAUCUUCAAUGAGCCAAGAUUCAAAUCAAAGUUUUAGCAGUUCAGUUCCAAGUUCUCAAUCCAGUAUUCUAAGUCUCAAUAGCCCGAGUCUUAGUUCCCAAAAGAUAAGUUUUUCAAGUUCUAGUAUUUUGAGCUUAACUCCUUCAAGUCUUAGUAUCCCAUGUUUAGUGAACCUGUCAGAUUCUGUGAUUCCAAGCUUAAGCUUAGAAUCCAACAGUUUAUUUCCAAGUAUUUCACUUUCAAUGAGUUCAAGCUCAAGUAUAUCAGUUUCUGGUAGUGUAAGCUCAAAUCAGACUUCUGUGCCUUCAGUUUUCUAUAGUUCAGUCCCUAGCACAUUAAGUUUAAUUAGUUUGAGUCCUAGUAUUCUGUCUAGUCAAUUUCCAGGCAUGAGUAGUUUAGAUUUAAGCAGCCCAUAUUCAAUUGAUUCAAGUUCUUUAAAUUCAAGCAUUUCACUUUCUGUAAGUCCAAGCCCCAGCUUAAAUUUCAGCAGUUCAAGUCUAAAUAAGUUGAAGACUAGUAUUUCAAUUUCUGUGAGUUCUUGUUUGAUCCAGAGUUCUAGCAGUUCAUUUCUGUUUAAGAACCCGAGCGUGAGUAGUCUUAGCAGCCUGUGUUUAAGUGAAUUGGUUUCCAUGAGCCUAAGCUUAAAUCAAAGUUCUAGUAACUUGAUUCUCAGUAGUUCUGGACCCAGUGCCACAAGUAUGAGAAGUUCAAGUUAUAGUGGCCAAAGACUGAGUAGUAGCUCAAGUCGUAGUUCUUCAGUCUCAAGUUGUUCAAGUAUUAGUAUCUCAAGUUUGAGCUCAAGCAUUAAGCUGAAUUCUAGUAGUUCAGAAACAAAUAUUUCAGUUUCUUUGAGUCAAAGCUCAGGCCUAAAUUCCGGCAGCUCAGAUGUAAGUGCAUCAAGCUUAAGGAGUUCACUUCCUAGCAUAUCGAUUAUGAGUAGUUCAUGCUUUACCACCUUAAAUUCCAUUACCUCAAGUUCAGGUAUUUUAGAGCCCAGCAUUCCAAUUUUGAGCAUUUCAAGUUUUAGCACACCUUUCAUAAUUCAUAUCAAGCUGAAUUCCAGCAGCUUUGAUAUAAAAAGUUUUUCAGUAUCAGUGAGUCCAAGUUCAAACCUAAAUUCCAGUAACUCAAAUAUAUUUAGUCGCAGUUCUAUCAGCUCAGUUUUGAGCAUCCCAAGUUUGAACCCAACCUUGAUGCAAAAUUUCAGCAGCUCAGGUUUAAGUAGUCCAGGAUGCCACAUUUUGGUUUCUAUGGGGUCAAGCCCAAGCUCAAGUUCCAGCAGCUCAAUGCUAACCUCAGGUUCUAUGAGCCAGAGCUUAAGCAAAAGUUCAAGCAGCUCAGCCUUUUUGAACUUUGGACCUACUAUUUCACUGUCUGUGGGUCCAAGCUCAUGCCAGAGGUCUUGCAGUUCACUUCUAAGUAGUACAGGACCUAGUAUAUCAAGUUUCGUCACUUCCAGUCUUAACAUCCCGAGCUUAAGUAGUUCAAGUUUUAUCAUCCCUAUUUUGAGUAAUUCAGGUUCUGCGAGUCAAAGCUUGAAACUGAAUUUAAGUAGCAGAGGAUACACCACUCCAAAUUCAGUCCCAAAACCAAGUACUUCCCUUUCUGUAAGUACAAGUUCAAAUCAGAAUUCUAGCAACUCAUUUCUGAUUAGUUUAUCAAGUUUCAUAUCUUCAGAACUCAUUAUUCCAAGUCCAAGUAUUUCAGCUUCUAUGAGUACUAGCAGCUCAGUUCUUAGCAAAUCUGGAUUUGGCAUUCCAAGUUUGAAUAGCUCAACUAUCAGUUCAUCAAGCUCAAGUAGUUCAAGUCUCAGUUCACCAAGCUUAUGUAGUUCAAGUCUCAUUUCACUGAGCUUAAGUAGGUCAGUAUAUACUAGUUCAAGUUUUAGUACUUCAAGCAUAAAUUCUUUGAACUUUAGUAUCCUUAGUUUGAAUUUGUCAAGUUCUUUGAGUUCAAAAUUAGUUAAUAGUUCUGGCAGUUCGAGUCUAAGUAAUCCGGGACAAAGCAUUUCACAUUCUUUGAGUCCAAACUCAAGUUUAAAUUCUGCAAGUUCAAGCUCAAAUCAGAGUUCUAGCAGCUCAGUUCUAAGCAGGAUGGGACCUAGCAUAUUGAGGACGAACAGCUCAAGUCUUAGUAACCUUGAUCUAAGUUCAAGCUACAACAGUUCAAGAUUAAGCAGUUUGGGUUUGAACGUUGUAAUUUCUGUUAGUUCAAGUUCAAGUUCCAACAGCUCAAGUAUAAAGAGCCUGAUACAUAGUAUGCAAAUGUCUGUGAGUCCAAGCACAAAUCGAUGUUCUAGCAGCUUAUUUCGAAGUAGUUCAAAAUCAAGCUCAAACUCAAUCAGCUCGAGUCUAAGUAACUCAAAUUUGCUUUUUUCUGGUCCAAGCAUCUCCAGUGUCAGAUGUUCAAGUCUUAUCAGUUCAUGUUCAAGUAUUUCAUUUUCUAUGAGUUCUAGCAGCAUAGAUGUUGGUGUUUUUGGAUCUAACAUCCCAGGUUUGAACAGUUCAAGUCUUCAUACCUCAAGUCUAAAAAGUUCAAGUUAUAGCAGAUCAAGAUUAAGUUGUUCAAGCUCUCCAGGCUUAAUGUGUUCAAUUCUUAGUAACCCAAGUUCUUCAGGUUCUUUAAGUCCAGAGUUACAACUGAAUUCCAGUAGCUUAAUCACUUCAAUGUUUAUGAGUUCAAGCUCAAGUAGCUUGAGUCUUAGUGAUUUAGUGUCUUUAAGUCUGAGCUCAAAUCAGAGUUCUAGCAACUUAGGUCUUAGGAGUUUGAGACCUAGCAUUUCACUUUCUGUAUGUUCAGAAUCUAGUCUGGGUUCCUACAGCUUAAUUCUAAGUAGUUCAGUUCCUAGCACAUUGAGUAUCAUCAGUUCAAGUCCUAAUAUUCCAAGCCUAGGUAUUUCAAGACCUAGCACCCAGAACAGCUCAUUUCUAAGCUCAGGACCUAGUACCACAAACGUAAUAUCUAAUAGCUCAAGUAUAAGUACUUCUGAAGCAAGCUUUAUCACCUCAAGUUUCAGCAGUUCAAGCAGUUCAAGAUUAAAUAGCUUUAGCCUCAUAUCCCUUCGGUCCAGUAUUUCAAAUUUAAAUUCAAAUAUUUCAGUUCCUAUGAGUCCAAGCUCAAAUCAAAGUACAGUUUCAAGCACUGCAAGUCAAAGCAGCUCAAGUCAUAGUAGUCCUUGCUUUUAUAGUUCAAGACUUAGCAGCCCAGAACAUAAUUCAAGUGUUAGUAUCCUGUACUCAAGUCAUUCAAGUCUAAGUACCCUUUGCUCAAAUAGUUCAGGUUUUCGCAGUUCAGAAUUAAGUAGUACAAGCGUUACUAUCCUGUUCUCAAGUCGAUCUGGUCCAAGUACCCCUUGCUCAAGUAGUUCAAGCCUUAGUAUACCAAGUUUGAUUGGUUCAAAUUCUAGUAACUUAUUUUCAAGCCUUUCAAUCUCUAGAAGCUCUGGUCAAUGUAGUUCAGUGUCUAGCCAAGGUCUCAGUACCUCAAGCAUUAGUGGUUCAAGUCUCAGUUGUCCAACUAAAAGUAGUUCUGUUUUUACAAAUCCAGGUUUAGGGCUAAACUCUAGCAGCUCAAGUCAAAGUAGUUUCAGUCCAAUUGUUUCAGUAUCUGUAAUAUCAUGCUUAAGUCUUAGCAGCUCUGUUCUAAACAGUUCAGAAUCUAGCAGUUCCAGUAAUAUUGCCAUAAUGUUAAGUUCAAGUAUUUCAGCUUCUGUGAAAGUAAAUUCUAAUAUCAGUUUAAGCAGCUUAGCUCCAAGUAAGCUCAGAUCUAGCAUCCCAUAUUCAAGCAGCAUGAGUCUAAGUAGCCCCACACCUAAUAUUAUAAGCAACAGUUCAAGUUUUAACUAUCCUAACUCAAGCCUUCCUAUGCAUAUUUUGAAUAGUUCAAAUUAUAGCAUUCCAGUAAGUCUCAGCAUACAAAUUUUAAGCACUUCAAGUCACAAGGGCUCAAGUUUACGUGGUUCAAGUUUCAGUCAUUCAAGCUCAAGUAUUAGUCAAGCUGAUAGUAUUUCAAUUCCCAGUAACCCAAGUUUUAGCCGUUCAAGUCAAAGCAGCUCAAACUUAGGUCAUUUGAGUUCUAGCAGUCUAAACUCAAGUGUAUCAGUUUCUAGAAAUCCAAGUUUAUGUAGUUCAAGUUCUUGCAGCUCAAGCUUCAGUAGUUUAGUUAUUGUUGGUUCAAGCUUAAGUGUUUCAAGGUCUGUUAUUUCAAGUCCUAGCAGUCGAAGUAUAAGAUUUUCUGUUCACCCAAGUUUAAGUAUCUCGAGUCCAAGUAAGUCCUUUACUAUGACUUUAUUCAUAUAUUACUCAUAAUAUUGCUACUAUUAUUACCAAUACUAUUACCAUAGUAAUUAUUCCAAUUUUACCAUCCCUGUCUUUAUUACCACUGCCACCAUAAUGUUUAUUAUGACUAAUAUUACACCUGGAAUGCAUGCUUCUGAACGUGUUAAGAAAAGGAAAAUACAUAAUCGAUCCAAUAUUCAAAUGAAAAUCACAUAAAAGGGAAACAAGGUAAAAGGUUUCAAAUAGUAACUGGACAUAUU